AUGCCGACCACAAUCGAGGAACACCACGGCGCACCCGCCAACUCGAAGUCCAAGCGACAAGAGACUAGAAGGAGAUCACCCAACAAAAAAAAGCACGUUGGGAAGCACCAUGCCUCUGAUGCAGAGACAGAGACAGCAACUAAAACUCCGACAGCUCCUAAGGAGCAUGAAGACUUGCCUGCAGUGUUGACCGACGAAUUCUUGGAGACACCCAAUCUGGCAGAUGAAAAACCUCGUCAGACUGGCCAACCAGAGAUAACAUUUGCGUAUUACCCUUUCCUCUGUAUCAACAAUCUCAACUCGCUGAAUGCGAACGACGUGAAGUAUCUGGACUCUCAAGGAUGUUUGAGAGUACCAGAAAGCAAUUGCUUGGACAAUUUAAUCCGAACAUUCUUUCGUUAUGCUCAUCCGAUCUUGCCUGUCAUUAAUGAAGCAGAGUUCUGGUCCAGCUAUGAUCCAUUGACAUCUGACGACAACACCAGUCGAGUUCCUGUUGUACUCCUUUCAGCUAUGUUGUUUGUAGCAUGCAAGUAUGUUGACGAUUCUACGAUUCAGAGCGUGCAGCUUGACUCGGCACGCGAGGCGCGAGACAGGUUCUUUCGGAAGACCAAGCUUCUCUACGAUCACGAGACUGAGUCAUCGCCGGUCGUGCUUGCUCAAGUCGCUCUUCUGCUUGCACACUGGACUCCACAAACAACCUCAAGUUGUGGUAGGCAGAGCACUCAAUGGCUUAGUCGGGCAAUCCAUCAUUGUCAUGAUGCCAUUUCUCAGGCCCAGCUUUGGAGCACGCUCAGGGUUCGUUACAAUGAGAGCAACCUUCGGCGACUUGUGGGAUGUUGCAAGCUCAGUGACUGUAUUCACAGUUUAUACAACCGUCGACCACUCAUGGUGCUUCCUGGUAUGGCCAACACCGAGAGUGAUCACCUUGUGCUCUCUCGUGCCGAUUUGUCGCAUGAAAUUGGGCGCUCCAGGGUCUAUGGUGUUGAAGCGAAGCACAGAUUGAUUGAUGCUCAGGAACAGAUGUCAUCUCUCAUCACUAUAUUGGGUAGAGCUCUGGCUCUAGUCUACCCACAGGUAGGCACGACUACCAGAAGAGCUACGUCGACACACGAUGAAGACAAGUAUGAGUUCAUCAACUGCAAGAAUGAGCUACGAAUAUGGUAUAGCGGAAGUGAUGUCUUUCCAAUUUCGGGACAAGACUCUGCGUUGGGCUCGCCUGUCAGUCCUGACGGUGAUAGCGAAUAUGGGAGCUCGCAACAUGACCCUGUAGAGCUGCUAGGGAGUAUGAUGCACCUUCAUUAUGAAACUGCCAUGUUGGCCCUCUGUCAGAGCGAACUUCUGCGCCUCACGGUCAAUCCUCGCACGACUUACUCAACCUCGAGGCGACAACAGCCUUUAUUGAGUGAACCGGAGCGCCAAUAUUCCAGUUGCAUUCUCAAAAUGGCGGACCAACUUUCGCAUUCCUUGCAGCGCCAGCAUCUGUGCAGGGUUCCAGAAAGCAUGAUUUUGUGCACAGUACUUCCACUUCUUUUGCAUCUGCCUUCGUCGAUGUCAUCUGGCCAGCAAGUCAUUGAGGCACAAUCUUGCUACCCAGACUGGGUACAAAAGGUUAUGGGAUGCUUGCGACUUUACUUCAGAAAUGAAUUCGAGUUUAUACUACAAGCAGUCAAAAUUUUCAACAACAGCAUUGCUCAAAGCUCGCAAGAAGACGAUGGCCCCCAACCCAGCGAAGGACAGCCACACAUGAGUGGCUGGCGCGAACUCUUGGAUACCAGACCCGAACUCUUUGCUCGUCUGAUAGAAAGACUGGAUACUGUCAUCUGUUGGGGAGGGGACUUGCCAAAAACGUACACGGGUAUUUUGGUUGACGACAGCCAAGCAAGGACUAGCCCUACCCUGACUCGACAAUUCCGAGCUACGGGGAUAUCACCGACACUGACCCCGCACGUGGCUUCAACUCCAUCUCGGCGGAGGAUGGAGAAGAGGUCUUCGCCUAUAUUAUGUGAGGAUAAGCCAGAGGCACAGUUGGAGACUGGGUCAGCUGAUUCUUCCCUUACGAGCUCAGGAGGACUACGUGAGAGCUUCAGCGAUGUUGCCUACUCGUACCUCGAUGGUGUACCUGAGAAGACAUACUCGCCAACAUCACUGGAUACGUCUCAGAGAUAUUGGACAGAAGAAACUGUGGAUGACGGAAGACGUGACCAGGCUACGACUGAUGGAGAGAUCAAACCCUCAGCGAUAGACUCCAUAGACGUGGACAACAUUAUGUUGGAAGAUGGACUGAGCGAUGACUGGAUAGAUGCUUUGUUGGAGCAGGAUAUGUCACUGCAAGGCGACAAUGCCGGUCGAAGUGUUGAAGAUGUUGAUAUGGCCGCCACAUAA